AUGGACAAGCUGUCCCAGCCUCUUGGAAAAGUGGCCACUCAAUCGGCCUUCCGGCUCAGUGCGAUCCGAGCCAAUUUGAUGGUGGAUGUCAAUCCAACGCUGGAGGGAGUGAUCGGCGCGCUCCUUGCGGAGGGUGAGACGGCAUUCCACAGUGGUGUGGAGAAAAAUGGUGGUCCGAGGAUCAAGGCUUUAGCCCCGGGUGUAAGCUCUGGUGGUGUAGCUGGGGGCGCCAAUGGAGUGGUGAACGGCCGUGGUGAUGGACCUGGACCUGCAAAGAAGGAGUGGACUCGAAAGAAGGAGGCCACUGAUGAUGGAAAAGGUCAGGCAUCCUCUAAGGGGAUUUGCCGCUACUUCCAGUCCGAGGAUGGCUGCUGGCGUGGGGCUUCCUGCCACUUCGUCCACGACCUGGAGGGGAAAAAGGGACGGCGCUGGAACUGUGGAUCUUCCAAGCACAUGAAGAAGGAUUGCAAGGUGCAGUCAGUGGAAAAAGAUGGGGGUCCGCUGAAGUUGGAUGGUAAGCCUGAGGCGCCGUCGGCCACCAAGUCCAAGCCAGCGGAUGGGCCAGUGUUGGAGGAGAAGCCGGCGGAGGGUGCUAAGGACUGUGGAAAGCCGGAAGGAAAGGGCGAGGUCGGUGGGAUCUUGUCUGAGGCUAUGGGCCUGCUCAAGACCUUGCAGCUGCCAGCAAUUAAGGCUUUGCAGCUGGAGGAGAAGGAUGAUGAUGUGAAGAUCUCAUCUUUUGAGGUGAAAGAAAAGAAGGGUGAGGAUGGUAAGGCCUCGACCUGUGAAAAGAAGGGUGAGGAUGUCAAGGCCUCGACCUGUGUGAGGGGUGAGGAUGUGAAGAUCUCAUCUCUUGAAGUGAAAGAAGAAAAGGUUGGGGAUGGUAAGGGUGAAGAUGUCAAGAUCUCAGCCCUUGGAGUACGAGAUCGUCGAGCUCUUCUUGACGGUGGGGCGACUCACUGCUUGAGACAAGCAGCCGUCGAGGCUGAAUGGAAGUCAGGGACUGCUAUGCUCAGGCAGAUUCCUUGGACGAAGACCCUUGUGACCCAGCAGCCUGUGCAGCCGAUUGUGCCGCUUGGUGUCUUGGCGGAGUUGGGCCACGCCAUCAAGUGGGAGUCAAGGAGCUUCGAGCUUCAGGAUUCAAAGGGGAGGAUCCUGGACACCGACCUGGAGAACAGCUGUCCAACGGUGUCGGAAAAUCUGGGACUCCAGCUCAUCAAGGAGAUUGAGAAGCAGGUGAUGCUUCAAAAGGCCAGGUUGGCCGUGCUGCGGGGCGGUGAGGGCCUUGGAAUAGCAGCGAUGUCAAAGACCACGGUGGAGUGGUUGCAAAGGCUCCGAAAGCUCUUCCCGGAGGUGCCGGCGGAGCUGCUGGAGAGGGUGCUGCCGGAUGAUCAGUUUGAUCCGGAGCUGCUGCCGUGGAAUCGGCAUGUGAGAAGGCGGCUGAAGAAGGCCGAUGAGAUCAUUCUCCACUUGUUCAGUGGUCCGGAUGAGAGGACCUGGAAGGAAUUGGAGACCAAGAUCGAAGAGUCCUAUGUGUGGACAUGGAGUUGCAUAGGGGGCAGAAUCUACUGGCCAAGCAUGUUCGGGCGAGAUAACCUGUCGGACCAGCUGCGGUCUAUGGUUGCGGAUGACACGGUGGUGUUCCUGAGAUCUUUGACCUACUAUGUGGUCGCCGAGGAGAGCGAGGAGGAUGAAAAGAAGUGUCCAAGCUUCUGGGCAUUCCCUGAACGGAAGGCCUUCGCUGAGGCUUUUGGGAUGAUGCUGAUCAGCUUCGAUCAGGGGCCUAUGGGCCAUGAAAGGCAGCGGAUGCACAAGCGGGUGACGCACCUGCAUGCCUACACCUUGAGUUUUGACCUCGGUGGACCUUUUGAGCGGCAGGAGGCGGAGGGUGAGUUGUUGCCGGUUGAAGAGGCAGCGGAUGGGGCUGGGGAAGACGCCAGAGAAGAGCGGCCAGCCGAUGGAGAUGAUGCUGGGCGCUGGACGGAGCGCAUCGAGCAUGAAGAGGGCGUGAAGAUUCGCCAGUUGACCUUCGUUGAGAUGGUCGAAAGCCGGAGGGGGCCUCUGGUGUUACAGGCAGUAGCCAAGAUCUACGCACGGCUACGAUUCAUGGGGUUGCCGGUUCUACGACUCCACUCGGACCGUGCAUCAGAGCUGAGGUCACGCCAGAUGGCGCAGUGGUGCAUGCACAGGGACCUUUACAGGACCUUUACCGAUGGAGAUAGCUGGCAGAUGAAUGGGCGAGCAGAGGCUGAGCUCUGGCCCUUGGCAGCGCGGCAUGCUGCUGAAAGAAGGCUAAGGAUUCAAAUGGAGGCCAUGAAGAUGCCGGUGAAGGCAUUGCUUCCUUUUGGGAGUUGGGGCUACGCCAGGGUGAAGUACUGGAAUGAGCGGUCCACGGACUGGCGGAAGGCUCGCAUGAAGGUCCAGAUUUUGGGACCAGAUGCCUCGAUGACCGAGGGGGAGCAGGUGAAGGAGGGAUGCCUUCAGGAAGCUCUAUGGCCGCAGACGGUCACGGUGUCUGCUGCUGAUGUUCGCCGAGAGUUGGGCGAUUGGAAAGCGGCCAUCACGGCCGAGUAUGACUCGCUGCUCAGCACGGGCACGGUGCGGAAAGCAGGGAAGAAUGAGGUCAAAGAGCUCGAGGAGAAGUGCCGUGAAGAGGGCAAGAUCUUCGAGGUGGUGCCAGGAAAAGCUGUAUGCACCAGAAAAAGUCCAGACGGACGGCAUAAGGUCUGUGGAGUCAUCUGUGAGGAGGUCUACAUGCAGGAGCGUCCUGCUGAGGAGGUCUAUGCCAGCGGCAUUGAUGUUGGGGCAGUCCGAAGCCUCAUUCGGCAUGCAGCCCUGGAGCGCUGGAGCCUGGUCACGGUCGAUGUGAAAACGGCAUUUUUGCAGGUUCCUCAAGAAGAGCGGAAGGAUGUGACUGUUGUCAAUCCGCCCAGGCUGUUUCAAGAUGCUGGAGUCACUGCCGCGGGAGAGCAGUGGAUUGUCCAAGGGACUUUGUAUGGCACCAUCACUGCGCCAAAAGAGUGGGGGGCCUAUCGCGACCGCAUGAUGGCGGAGAUGGUGUGGGGUGAGCAGGGCGAAUGGCGCCUGGUGAAGCUCCCUGAGGCCAAUGUUUGGGCCAUCGAGAAGAAGGUCAAGGGGACUGGAGUGGUCCAUGGCCACGUGGCGGUGUACGUUGAUGACGUGAUGGUGUCAGGCACCGAUGCCACACUGGCAGCCUUCGUUGAAAAGUUCAGGUCCAUGUGGACUUGCUCCGAGGCCGAUUGGAUCGAGGAGGGGAAAGUGACAAAGUUCUGUGGCCUCGAUGUGGAGAAGGAUGGCGGGGGCUUUCGGAUACAUCAAGAAAGCUACAUCCGGUUCAUGAUGGCCAAACAUGAGAUCGAAGGGAUCUCCAAACUGCCAAAGGUCGAGGUACCGACCGAAGAUGAGGAGGAGCCAGAGCUAGCUUGCAUCCGGCAUGCCCAGGGUGUCGCUGACACGGAGGAGGCCAAGGGUGAUGACGAUGGCAGGAGUUUCUUGAUCCUGAUCGUGGUUUUGGUCCUCAUAGCGGGCUACAUCAUUGGCGACGCCAUCAAGCGGUAUGGGCUUGCGGCUCUCCGGAGGAUGUUGGGAUGGGACCUGCACGCAGUCGAUGGCUUGACUGUGGAUCCUGGGUGCAGUGCAUUGGUGGGCACUGGACUGGCGAUGGAGUUGCCAGUGGGCACCUAUGGGUGCCUGACCUCAAGAUCCAUGGACCGCGACUUCAGGGGCGAGAUCAAAGUGUUGGUCAUGAACGGCUCUGACCAGCCAUAUGUCAUCAACCCGGGAGACAGGGUUGCGCAGAUGGUCAUCGAAAAGGUCUACGAGGGUGAGCUCAAGACCGUCAAGGACCUGGGAGAGUCCUACCGGGUGAGGCUGAGAUCAAGGGAGAGGUCAAGAACCAGGACCUUUCCAAGAGAGGUGUCGCCAGACGAGGUGAACGUGACUUACCAUGAUGAUGGUAGCACCUCGACACAGCGGGUGACUGGAGAGAAGGUGUACUUCAGGGCUCCCGCCAUGCGCACCACUUCGGUGAGGCGGCCUCCGGCGACUACCAGUCAGGAGAUGGUGGAAGUUGAGGUCGAGGAAGACCAGGAAGUGGAGGCCCAGCCGACUACUUCUGGUUUGGCUCGGGUGCGAUGGCACGGCCGGGCAUGGCGAGUGGAAGGAGCUCAGGUGUACCAUGUGCGCCGUGACUGCUCAGCGAUUCGGAACUCCAAGAUGGUGAUGGAGAUCCAAAAGUGCUCCGCUUGCUGGGGCAGGAACGACAUGGACACCACAGCUGAGAUUGUGGUUGCUGAUGGCACCGGGCAUGGGCGAGACCUUCCCCAUAAGGUCGAGGGCGGUCGCACGCU